AGCGAUGCCGUUUCUUUUUUGACUGAGCCGGCCUAAGUUUAAGUGCGCACCUAGAGCUCCUAUGUUUACUUCUCUUUUUACGUACCUAAAGCAAACCCGGGACACGAACUAUGGACGUGGAGGCACUUCAUUGGGAUGGGGGAGCAUCAGCGUGGCCAAAAGGACGACUGGUGCCUUACACGAGCAAGCUCUGCUACUUCGAUUUUGAUUCCUUCCCUGACCGGGGACAGGGGCGCAAGUCCAAGCUAUGCAUCCUCCUUCCCGGCUUGGGCGACGGAUUCUGUACGGUUCCAUGGUUGUCCUGUUUGGGAGAAAAGUUGGUAGAGCAGGGCGAUUGGUUGGUAGUGCAGCCGGUUCUGAGGUCAAGCUACUCACAAUUUGGGUUUCACACACUCGCGGACGAUGUACAAGACAUUGAGGAGUUGCUGGCGGCGGUGAAAGGCCGUGUGGUAACAGGCAUGGCACCAAUUCAGGACCUCUUGCUGGUCGGACAUAGCACAGGCUGCCAGAUUUUUUUACGUUGGCUUGUGCAUUAUUGCGAAAAGCUGAACGCAGUAAAUGCCAGCUCCGAUCGUAUCUUGGACAGUAUGCCAGAGUACGGAAAAAUCCAGAUUAUUCUGCAGGGCGCAGUUUCGGAUCGAGAAGCUACCAACCAGAUUCUUUCCAAUGAUCCAGACGCGGUGAAACUGCUGCAGCAGGAGCUGGAAAGAAACGAAAAUAGUGACAGCAAGGAGCAUUUGCUAGAGUCGGCCACGCUCGCUCAUAAGGCCUUUGACACGCCGGCGAUCACCAAGUAUCGUGCUGCCUCCUUGUACGGGAAACUCACCGAAGACGAUUUAUUUUCUACGGAUUUGACUGACGAGAACCUUGCCCAUAUUUUCGAACCAGUGAAACAAUUUUUAGCCAGAGAACCCAGCGUGAGGUUGCAGAUCCACUUUUUGUUGAGCCCAGAAGACGAAUUCGCGACCCUGAAAACGCGCGACGAGUACAAGAAGUUCUUGCAACGGUACUGCGGGGUGUUAAACGACAUUGGUGAUCGGGAUCACCUAGCCUCGUACAGCUUGUACAGCGGAAGCCACAAUGGGGAGGACGUGUCUGAAGCCCUUGCUGCAGCAAGUCUUGCGUUUGCCAUCUCUGCCCCGACACUUCGGACCAAUUUUGUCGCAGACGCAGUAGAUUUCUUCGAGAAAGUACCCGGCAGGAAUCAGGGUCAUCAUCACUUCAUUGACCAUGUUCGCAUCAUCGGACUGGUUGGUGUCCCGGGCUCGGGAAAGAGCACGGCGAGCGAUCUUUUACGCCGAGUCUACCCGGGCCUGGAAAUUCUGCCGGUUGAUGGUUUUCACAUACCCUUGGAGAGGUUGAGAGAGGAGCAAGGGGACGCGGGUGUGUAUUGGCGUGGAGCGCCGGAGACGUUCGAUCACGAUGCUCUAGUUGCAAAAUUGUCGGAAAUACGCCAAAUUUUACACAAGGACGCGGACAACGUGCAGAAGGGAUAUGGGAAUAAAGAUGUUCUUCCCACGGUGGACUGGCCCGCGUUUGACCACGCGAGGGGCGAUCCGGUUUAUGAGGAAGGUGUCGGUGUAUGUCUGAAGCUCAGUGGGAAGUUCAAGGCGCAAAGUUUCAAGGCAGCAAGGACGAGGAUCUUGUUGCUCGAGGGCUUGUAUCCUUUGUACUGGCCUGAGGUGCGGAGAUAUUUGGAUGGCGCAAUCGUGCUGGACACGGUCACGGUCGAUGAGGCAGUGGAGCGGUUAAAAAUCCGGAAUCAGUGCAUUCCGGGUUACACGAAGGAAGAAAUAUUCGCCCGCUGCGAGGAAGUAGAUCGGAGCAACGCAAAUCUUGUCGCCAAGUCCAUGCACGCAGUGGUGGAGAACUUUGAACGCGCCCCGUCGUUUUUUUCUGGAUUUCCUGUUUUACGCAUUACAGACUAG